GCGGGGGCGGCGCGGCCGAGCCGCGCUCGCCGCACUCGGGCAGCGCCUGCGGAGGCGAUGAGAGGCCGGAGGGGCUGAGCCGAGCCGAGCCGCGCCGCGCCGGGGGAGGCGGAGGGGCUGCGGGCAGCGGCGGCCGCCCGGCCCCGGAUUUCCAUGGUGCCGGGGGCCGCCUGCGUCCCCCCGCCCUGAGCCGGCAGGCGGGCGGCAGCGGAGCCGAACCAUGUGAGGGACAUUGCCGGGGCUCAGGACACGCGCGGGGGACACGGAGCUUGCCUUUCCCAGGAUGGAUCAGAGGAGGAGCUGGCCUCGGGUACUGGACUCUGAUGGCUGCUCAGUGGCUCUGCUCUGCCUCUUCCUGGCAUCGCUCUCCCGGAACGUGUCCAGCAAUGCCUUGUUCAACACUUUCCACUCGGAGAACCGGGACUGGACGUUCAACCACCUGACGGUGCACCGGGGCACGGGCGCCGUCUACGUGGGGGCCAUCAACAGGGUGUACAAGCUUUCGGGGAACCUGACCAUUCUGGUGGCUCACAAAACCGGCCCCGAGGAGGACAACAAAUCCUGCUACCCUCCCCUCAUCGUGCAGCCCUGCAGCGAGGUCCUGACGCUCACCAACAACGUCAACAAGCUGCUCAUCAUCGACUACUCCGAGAACCGGCUGCUGGCCUGCGGCAGCCUCUACCAGGGCGUCUGCAAGCUGCUGCGCCUCGACGACCUCUUCAUCCUGGUGGAGCCCUCGCACAAGAAGGAGCAUUACCUCUCCAGCGUCAACAAAACGGGCACCAUGUACGGGGUGAUCGUGCGCUCCGAGGGCGAGGACGGGAAGCUCUUCAUCGGCACGGCGGUGGAUGGCAAGCAGGAUUACUUCCCCACCCUGUCCAGCCGCAAGCUGCCCCGCGACCCGGAGUCGUCGGCGAUGCUGGAUUACGAGCUCCACAGUGACUUUGUCUCGUCCCUCAUCAAAAUCCCCUCGGACACGCUGGCCCUGGUUUCGCACUUUGACAUUUUUUACAUCUACGGCUUCGCCAGCGGUAACUUCGUCUAUUUUCUGACGGUGCAGCCCGAGACACCCGAGGGCGUCUCCAUCAACUCCGCCAGUGACCUCUUCUACACCUCGCGCAUCGUCCGCCUGUGCAAGGACGACCCCAAGUUCCACUCGUACGUGUCCCUGCCCUUCGGCUGCGUCAAGGGCGACACGGAGUACCGGCUGCUGCAGGCUGCCUACCUGUCCAAGCCGGGCCAGGUGCUGGCCAGGGCCCUCAACAUCACGGCAGAGGAGGACGUGCUCUUUGCCAUCUUCUCCAAGGGGCAGAAGCAGUACCACCACCCGCCCGACGACUCCGCGCUCUGCGCCUUCCCCAUCCGCACCGUCAACGCCCACAUCAAGGAGCGCCUGCAGUCCUGCUACCAGGGCGAGGGCAACCUGGAGCUCAACUGGCUGCUGGGCAAGGAUGUGCAGUGCACCAAAGCGCCAGUCCCCAUCGAUGACAACUUCUGUGGGCUGGACAUCAACCAGCCCCUGGGGGGCUCGGUGCCCGUGGAGGGGGUGACGCUCUUCACCUCCAGCCGCGACCGCAUGACCUCCGUGGCCUCCUACGUCUACAACGGCUACAGCGUGGUCUUCGUGGGCACCAAGACGGGCAGGCUGAAGAAGAUCCGGGCGGACGGGCCGCCCCAGGGCGGGAUCCAGUACGAGGUGGUGCCGGUGUUCAAGGACGGCAGCCCUGUGCUGAGGGACAUGGCCUUCUCCACCGACCACAAGUUCCUGUACGUCAUGUCCGAGCGCCAGGUGUCCCGGGUGCCCGUGGAGUCCUGUGAGCAGUACACGACCUGCCAGGAGUGCCUGAGCUCGGGGGACCCCCACUGCGGCUGGUGCUCCCUGCACCACAUGUGCUCCCCGAGGGAUCGCUGUGAGCGGGCAGAGGAGCCGUUCCGCUUCGCGGGGAGCAUCGGGCAGUGCCUGAGCGUGGCCGUGCAGCCCAGCAGCAUCUCCGUGUCCGAGCACAGCCUCCCGCUCAGCCUGCGGGUGAGCGACGCCCCCGACCUGAGUGCCGGGGUCAGCUGCCUCUUUGGGAACCUCAGCGAGGUGCAGGGCCAGGUGUCGGGCAGCCAGGUGGUGUGUGUGUCACCGGCAGCCAAGGACGUCCCUGCCAUCCCCGUGGAUCAGGACUGGUUCGGUGUCGUGCUCCAGCUGAAGUCCCGGGAGACGGGCAGGACCUUCGUCAGCACCGAGUUCAAGUUCUACAACUGCAGCGCCCACCAGCUGUGCCUGUCCUGUGUGAACAGUGCCUUCCGCUGCCACUGGUGCAAGUACCGCAACCUGUGCACCCACGACCCCACCACCUGCUCCUUCCAGGAGGGGAGGAUCAAUGUCUCCGAGGACUGCCCCCAGCUGUUCCCCACGGAGGAGAUCCUGAUCCCGGUGGGAGAGGUGAAGCCCAUCACGCUGAAGGCCAGGAACCUGCCGCAGCCCCAGUCGGGCCAGAGGGGCUACGAGUGCGUGCUCAGCAUCCAGGGCAUCGUGCACAGGGUGCCCGCCCUGCGCUUCAACAGCUCCAGCGUGCAGUGCCAGAACAGCUCGUACCUCUAUGAUGGGAUGGACAUCAGCAACCUGGCAGUGGACUUUGCCGUGGUUUGGAAUGGGAACUUCGUCAUUGACAACCCGGAGAACCUGAAAGUGCACCUGUACAAGUGCGCGGCGCAGCGCGAGAGCUGCGGGCUGUGCCUCAAGGCCGACCCCAAGUUCGAGUGCGGCUGGUGCAGCGGCGAGGCCAAGUGCACCCUGCGGCCCCACUGCGGCUCCCCCGGCGCCCCGCCCUGGCUCGACUGGUCCAGCCACAACGUCAAGUGCUCCAACCCGCGCAUCACCGAGAUCCUGACGGUGUCGGGGCCCCCGGAAGGAGGGACCAGGGUGACAAUCCGUGGCGUGAACCUGGGCCUGGACUUCUCGGAGAUCGCGCAGGGCGUGCAGGUGGCCGGGGUGCAGUGCACGCCCCUGCCCGAGCACUACGUCGUGGCCGAGCAGAUCGUCUGUGAAAUGGGGCAGGCGCUUCCAGGGAUCAGCUCCGGCCCAGUGCUCCUGUGCAUCGGAGAGUGCAAGCCCGAGUUCACGGCCAAGUCAGCGCAGCAGUACACGUUCGUGACCCCAGCUGUGAGUUUCCUGAGCCCCAGCCGUGGCCCGGAGUCGGGAGGGACCAUGGUGACCAUCUCUGGCCACUACCUCGGGGCUGGCAGCCGCGUGUCCGUGCUCCUGGGGAACCAGACCUGCGAGUUCCUCGAGCGAUCCAUGAACGAGAUUGUUUGUGUGUCAGCGCCCUCAGCUCACGGCCUGGGGGCUGUUCAGGUCUCUGUCAGCGUGGACAGGGCUCAGCUGGAGAGAACUCUGCUGUUUGAGUACAUCGAUGACCCCAAGGUGCAGCACAUCGAGCCCGAGUGGAGCAUCGCCAGCGGACACACGCCCCUGACUGUCACUGGCUCCAACCUGGACGUGAUCCAGGAGCCCCGGAUCCGCGUCAAGCACAACGGCAAGGAGUUUGUCAACGUGUGCAAGGUGGUGAAUGCCACGUCCCUGGCCUGCCUGGCGCCGCCGCUGACCGCCGAGUACCGGCCGGGGCUGGACGCUGUGGAGCGCCCGGACGAGUUCGGCUUCAUCUUCAACAACGUCCAGUCCCUGCUGCUCUACAACGACACCAAGUUCAUCUACUACCCCAACCCCACCUUUGAAAUGCUGAGCUCCACCGGGGUGCUGGAGCAGAAGCCGGGCUCUCCCAUCAUCCUGAAGGGCAGGAACCUGUGCCCGCCGGCCCCCGGAGGAGCCAAGCUCAACUACACGGUGCUGAUCGGGGAGACGCCCUGUGCUGUCACCGUGUCAGAGACACAGCUGCUCUGCGAGCCCCCCACCCUCACCGGGCAGCACAAAGUGGUGGUGCGUGUGGGGGGGGUCAUCUUCUCCCCUGGCUCGGUGAGCGUCGUGUCCGACAGCCUGCUGACCCUGCCCGCCAUCGUCAGCAUCGCGGCCGGCGGCUCCCUGCUCCUCAUCAUCGUCAUCAUCGUCCUCAUCGCCUACAAGCGCAAGUCCCGCGAGAACGACCUCACCCUCAAGAGGCUGCAGAUGCAGAUGGACAACCUGGAGUCCCGGGUGGCCCUGGAGUGCAAGGAGGCUUUUGCAGAGCUGCAGACGGACAUCAACGAGCUGACCAGCGACCUGGACCGCUCGGGGAUCCCCUACCUGGACUACCGCACCUACGCCAUGCGCGUGCUCUUCCCGGGCAUCGAGGACCACCCGGUCCUGCGGGAGCUGGAGGUGCAGGGCAACGGGCAGCAGAGCGUGGAGAAGGCCCUGAAGCUCUUCGCCCAGCUGAUCAACAACAAGGUGUUCCUGCUGACCUUCAUCCGCACGCUGGAGCUGCAGCGCAGCUUCUCCAUGCGCGACCGCGGCAACGUGGCCUCGCUGAUCAUGACGGUGCUGCAGAGCAAGCUGGAGUACGCCACCGACGUCCUCAAGCAGCUGCUCUCCGACCUCAUCGAGAAGAACCUGGAGAACAAGAACCACCCCAAGCUGCUGCUGCGCAGGACAGAGUCGGUGGCCGAGAAGAUGCUGACCAACUGGUUUGCCUUCCUGCUCCACAGGUUCCUCAAGGAAUGUGCUGGAGAGCCCCUGUUCAUGCUCUACUGUGCCAUCAAGCAGCAGAUGGAGAAGGGCCCCAUCGAUGCCAUCACGGGGGAGGCGCGCUACUCGCUGAGCGAGGACAAGCUCAUCCGGCAGCAGAUCGAGUACAAGACCCUGAUCCUGAACUGUGUGAACCCAGACAACGAGAACAGCCCGGAGAUCCCCGUGAAGGUGCUGAACUGCGACACCAUCACCCAAGUCAAGGAGAAGAUCCUGGACGCCGUGUACAAAAACGUCCCCUACUCCCAGAGACCGAGAGCUGUGGACAUGGAUUUGGAGUGGCGGCAGGGCCGGAUCGCCCGCGUGGUGCUGCAGGAUGAAGACAUCACCACCAAGAUCGAGGGGGACUGGAAGCGCCUCAACACCCUGGUGCACUACCAGGUGUCAGACCGCUCCGUGGUGGCUCUGGUUCCCAAGCAAACCUCCUCCUACAACAUCCCUGCCUCUGCCAGCAUCUCCCGGACAUCCAUCAGCAGAUACGACUCCACGUUCCGCUACACGGGCAGCCCCGACAGCCUCCGCUCGCGCGCGCCCAUGAUCACCCCCGACCUGGAGAGCGGCGUCAAGGUCUGGCACCUGGUCAAGAACCACGACCACGGCGACCAGAAGGAAGGGGACAGGGGCAGCAAGAUGGUCUCUGAGAUCUACCUGACCAGGCUCCUGGCUACAAAGGGCACGCUGCAGAAGUUCGUGGACGACCUGUUUGAGACGCUGUUCAGCACGGUGCACCGCGGCAGCGCCCUGCCCCUCGCCAUCAAGUACAUGUUUGACUUCCUGGACGAGCAGGCGGACAAGCACGGCAUCCACGACACCGACGUGCGCCACACCUGGAAGAGCAACUGCCUUCCCCUCCGCUUCUGGGUGAACGUGAUCAAAAACCCGCAGUUCGUGUUCGACAUCCACAAGGGCAGCAUCACGGACGCCUGCCUGUCCGUGGUGGCUCAGACCUUCAUGGAUUCCUGCUCCACCUCGGAGCACCGCCUGGGCAAGGACUCCCCCUCCAACAAGCUGCUGUACGCCAAGGACAUCCCCAGCUACAAGAGCUGGGUGGAGAGGUAUUACGCGGACAUCGCCAAGCUCCCGGCCAUCAGUGACCAGGACAUGAACGCCUACCUCGCCGAGCAGUCGCGCCUGCACGCCGUGGAGUUCAACAUGCUGAGCGCGCUCAACGAGAUCUACUCCUACGUCAGCAAGUACAGCGAGGAGCUCAUCGGAGCUCUGGAGCAGGAUGAGCAGGCUCGGAGGCAGCGCUUGGCUUACAAAGUAGAGCAACUCAUCGGGGCCAUGUCCUUCGAGAGCUGAAGAAAGGUCACGGGCAGCAAAGGGCAGAGGAUCGCACGGACUCUCGGGAAUUUGGAGGAGAACAAGCAAGGAAGGCACUGGACACACCCCCCAAGGCUCUGCUGGAGAGAGCAGAGCCUGGCUCAAGGACUGGCUGUGUUCAAAACUCAUACAGGAUCCAGUUUGAAAGGGCAGGAAGGGAAGAAGGUGAAACAUCUCAAUCCAAGUCCAAGCAAGGUGGAUCAUUUUUUCAAGUGUACGCGGAAAGAAGGAACCUGGAAAGUCUGGAUGUCUUCACGACUGCUGCUUUGCAUGAAAAUUGUUUAAUGUAUAUUGGAAAACAAAACUUUAUUUAAAGGGGUUUUUUUGUAAAAAAAAAAAAAAAAAAAAAAAAAAAAAA